AUGUCUCCGUUCCGCGGCCCAGGAUACAUAACUGGAGCGCUCCACCAAACCACACAACGUGGGAAAAAAGAUGGUGGGCUGUACGAGUACACUCUCUCCGAAGGCACCACGGACGUUUGUGGCUCAAAAUCGUUUCUGCUGGGCGCGGUGCGUCUGGCAUCUGAUGCUGCGAACAUAAAUCGCUUGUUGCAAAUUGUGGUAUCCCUGACCGAAGAGCCUUCGGCGGAGACAUUUAUUGAGACUAAUGCAGAUUGGCCAGCCGAAUGGCACAUUAAGCAUGGGAUCGUCGAACUAUUUCACACCAAUAAGACACAAGUAGCUAACGGGUUCCAAACUGUCGGGACGAGUCUUAGCCAGUCGUUCUCGUUGCCAAUCUAUUCGGAAAUGACAAUGAACAUUGCAACGCGUGUCAGUGCAACAGAAAGGACCGAUCAAUAUAAAAUUCUCGUCGGAAUGAUAGGGUUGAGAACAGGCGCUAUAUUGAUCAGGAAUCAGUCCCGCCCGGAACGCGACAUACAAGCCGGCCCUGCUCAACUUGUUGUCCGGAUUGUAUGA